GCCCGAUAAGAUAAACAACAAAUCUCGCCGAUUUAGAGAGAGGAGUGGAGAGAAGAGCGGUGAAGGAAUUAGUUUCACAGCGGCGGCGGUCCUAGCAAGUCUAGGUUUUCGGUGGGCGGCACUAUAGCUUUCUUGGUGCUUCAGUGUCCCGGAGUUUUGCUAGUUUUCCUCAUCUGAAGCACAUGGUGGGGCGUGGGAGCAUCCGGGAUCGGAGGGUCUUGGUGAAUCUCAAUUGCAGCACAGGGGAGAUGAUAGGGAUCUGGAGACUGGUUGCAUUUGGACUGGUUGUGCUCGUGCGGUAUGUUGGCCAAGAGAUGGAGGCGAAUCACGGGUAGAUCAGGGUGUUGAACGAAGAAGAUGAAGCGAUGAUGAUCCACCCCCCUCCUGAACCGCCGACAUGCUGGAAAUGGGUGAUUAGGGGUCGGAACACCGUGCUGGAAGAUUGGUUUCAACGACUCAAUAAGUUCAUCCUGCUUAAAUUCAUUGUCCCCAUUUUUAAUCUGUUUUCAAAGAAAUUAGUUGCUAUCAUUUUGCUUUUGGUAUUUGCUUAUGGUAAUAGGUUUUUUACAUUGAUCGAGGGUUCGGCUAGAUUUGAUAUUGUUAGUGGGGCACAGAUCUAUUUUUUCAGCAAUAGCUGCAUUAAGCCCGUCUGGUGGUUAGUGAUUCGUAUUGCUCCUUUAGG